CCCACGGCGUUCUCCUGCUCCUUACCCCACUCUGCAAAAUCCCUAUCUCCUCUACUUUCUACACUCUUUGCUCUGUCCGUUUCUCUCUUCUCUUCCAUAGAAAUUCCCUUUCAAGUUUCAAAACUACUUCACAGUCGUCUUCACAAGGAUCAUCUACCGUUUUAGAACUCAGAAGUAGGCUUCUUGAAUUUGGAGGCACUUUCAAGGUUGAUAAUUAGAGUGAGGGUUUAAGCAGCAAAAAAGGGAUGCAGCAACCACCACCAAUGAUCCCAGUCAUGCAUUCUUUUCCACCCGCCAAUAUCACCACUGAGCAGAUUCAAAAGUAUCUGGAUGACAAUAAGAAACUGAUCUUGGCAAUUUUAGAAAAUCAAAACCUUGGGAAACUCGCUGAAUGUGCCCAGUAUCAGGCUCAACUUCAGAAGAAUCUGAUGUACUUGGCUGCAAUUGCGGAUGCCCAACCGCAAGCCCCGACGAUGCCACCCCAGAUGGCUCCCCAUCCGGCAAUGCAGCAGGGCGGGUUUUAUAUGCAGCAUCCUCAGGCCGCAGCGAUAACACCACAACCGGGCAUUUUCCCCCCAAAGAUGCCCUUACAGUUCAGUACCCUGCACCAUCAAAUGCAGGAACAGCAGCAACUACAGCAGCAGCAGCAUCAGGCGAUGCAAGGGCAAAUGGGCGUGCGGCCCGGGGGCGCUGCUAACAACGGCAUGCACCCGGUGCCCAACGAGGCCACUCUCGGAGGCGGUACCAGCGCUUGCCCUCCCCCGACUUCCGCUCCAAGUGAUGCGAGCGGUGGAAACAAGCAAGUCAAUCAAGUGAAUCCCUCUACUGGCACCGAGGCCCAACCCAGCUCAGCCAUGGGCUCGGAAGACGCCAAGUGAUGAUGGUAUCGGCUAAAUUAUGGCGUAGUUGUUAGUAUAAGAGAAAACAAAAACCACUAGCUUAGUGUCUCUGUCUCUGCUGCGGGGCUUUGUGGAGUUUAGCAAGAAAUCGAACUGCUCGUCCUCGUCGCCCUCUCCUUAGAAUAGCUAUAGGUAGGGUUUGUUUCUCUUCUUCUUCCAAGUAGAGAUGUAGGAUUUAGACUUCCCUCUCUGUGUUGUAAAUUACACCAAGAAAAAGCUUGUGGUUUCUGCUUAAUUAAACUAGAACAGAUUUCUCUCAACCCCCAGCGAGUAUGUGUUAGAUUGUACACUAAAAGUGCAAUUUCCCUUUUACUUCAAAAUGUGGUCUUAGUGUUCCUUUUAA